CGCCAUACGGGCGCUCAUGUGAGUGUUUAAGCCGGGCGGUGAGGCGAGAGGGAAGUCAGAACUGAGAAGUGCAUAGCGCUUUGGAAAUCUGUUCACAAGUUAAGUAAACUUCAUAAACACGCGAUCGGGAAAAUGGACGUGAGCGCAGAGGCCAAGCGGAUCAUGGUCCAGGCUUUGGGCAAACUGUACAGCUCGCGCACCCAGCGGGGCGGACUGAGGCUCCACCGGAAUCUGCUGCUCACCUUGGUCAUGAAAUCGGCCAGAGACAUUUACCACAGCGCCCGAACUGCGUGCGAGAACGAAGCGCAGAGCGGCAGCCCCCUCCCUGACCCGCAGCCCCAGCGGACGGAGGAAGCGAUGGACACCAGCGACGCCGACGGGGAGAGCUGUGUCUCAGCUCGGACCUCCGAAGGCAAGUGUAAGGUGACAUCUGCGAACUGUAAAAAGAGCCAGGAGGACAAAGAGAACAGUGAUCCCGUACGAUCUGACCGCCACUCCAGAAAGCGGCCGAGCAAAGCGGCAGCCGAGCCCGACUUUCUCCCUACAAAGAAAGCGAGGAUGGAAACGGGCGAGGAGAGACACGGCGCUCGGCCCGGGGCACUGAGGACGACCACGGGGAACUGCUAUCGGGCUGACGAGACGCUGACUUCUCUGCCAAUGUCCCGGGCAAUUACCGCCUUCUGAAGGGGAGGCGAGAGGACUUUGCCGUCGUUCAGAUGACGGGUACCGACAUCCGGCCUCAGCUUGGAGGGGUCAGGAUCCGUCCCGGUUUGCGGCGUUUCUCUCCCUCCGCGCACCAACCAGAGACUCGUGCGACUCGGAGGCGCCGGCGAGGCCUGGAAUCGCCCUGAUAGACAAGUCAGGCUGGGAGUCGGCUGUGAAAAGCUGGGAUCCGUGCGCCAUGGUGCCGUGAGACACGGGUGACUCAUACCGAAAGACUGGGUGACAUCCGCUUGUGAGAUCCCCACCUGCAUGGGGGUGGGUGGCGCAGCGGGGUCACUAGAUCAGGGGGCAGACGUGCGUCUCCCGGACCCGGACAGCAGGCGGAGACAUGAAUGGACUCGUAUAGCUACAGACAUUAAGUGGUGCUAGAUAAUUACCUGCCCAGAGCAGCAUGUUUACCUGUGUCAGUGUGUAGGAAGCUGGUGUCCACACCUUGUGUGAAACGAAAGAUUGUACAUAUUUGUUUACAGUUCCGUUACUCUUGAAAGCUGCUUUUAUGUUUAUACUCGAAUACCUCAUGUGGAUAAUAAACAUUUUAUAAAGUA